AUCGGCAUUUGCAGACGUCAUGUAGAGCCACUUUGACCUACCGUUAGCUUAGCCUUUCAAACUCUUCCUUUAUUCAACUAGAUUUGAUUUCGAUCGCGUCUCAUCAAGCUGUAAACAAGAAGCUGGAGAUUGACAACGCCGGACAGGCGGUUGUGAAGGCUGACUUUUCCCCCGACAGCUUUAUAGAGCUCUGUGUUUAGUGAUAAGGAGUGAAUUUCAUGUGUUAGCUCUAGCUGAUCUACAGUAGAAACAGCAAUCAUGGGCUCAAGAGCUUCGUCUUUACUCAGAGAAGAGGACAUUGAAGAAAUCAAGAAAGAAACUGGAUUCUCCCACAGUCAGAUCACUCGCCUCUACAGCCGCUUUCACAGUCUCGAUAAAGGAGAGAACGGAGUGCUCAGCCGAGAAGACUUCCAGAGGAUUCCUGAGUUGGCCAUAAAUCCUCUCGGUGAUCGGAUUAUUAAUGCCUUCUUCCCAGAGGGUGAGGAUCAAGUGAACUUUAGAGGGUUCAUGAGGACUCUGGCUCACUUCCGUCCUGUGGAGGAUAACGAGAAAAACAAAGAUCCGACUACUGGCGAGCCGCUCAACAGCAGGACCAACAAACUCCUUUUCGCUUUCCGGUUAUACGACCUUGACAGAGACGACAAGAUCUCCAGGGAUGAACUCCUACAGGUUCUGAGAAUGAUGGUGGGUGUGAAUAUUUCUGAUGAGCAACUUGGAAGCAUCGCAGAUAGAACCAUCCAAGAAGCUGACACUAACGGAGACAUGUGUAUCUCCUUCAGCGAAUUCACCAAGGUUUUGGAAAAAGUAGACGUCGAGCAGAAGAUGAGCAUCCGCUUCCUUCACUGAAAACCAAACGCGUUCUGAGCUCUGAUUGGAGACUAUCAGUGUCAAUAGAGAUAAGACACGCCCCCCCAAACCUUCUCUCUAUGGGCUGAUUCAUCCUUUAUAAACAUAAUUGCGUUGACAUGGUUACUUUGUUCUAAUCAUCUGUCACUUUUGAGUUGUCGUUGCUUUAAAAGGGCGGGUCCAGUGCCUUCGCUAUUAUGAAAAGUCACCGUGGCGUAUAUCUCAUAGGCUGAAAUCAUAUUUAUUCUAGCUGUGAAAACAGCUAAUUCAGACUUUCCAAAUGGGGACGAUGUCGUUGGUAUUGAUACUGACAGAUGCUUCGUCAUGCUCAUCUUAAAGGCCAAAUCUGAUACUCCUGUAAUAAAUGAGUUUUUAAAGAAACUUUUCUUCUCAUCCAUGAAAAUGAUAUUUCACCCACAGAAAUACCUCAUAAUUAAUUUCUUUUCAUAAGAGUGUUUUCUUUCUGGCGUAAUGAAAUGUAAUAAUGGCGUGAGUCAGCAUGUCAGAGGGAGUGAAAUAGCUAAAUGCCUCUUUUAACUCAGAAAAAUGUAUUUUCCAGUGCAGUGGGGUGUUUUCGUUAAAUGCCUAAAUAUCAAGAGAAUCAGGUCAUUUGAGUAUUUAUAGUGAUAAGUUAUUCAACACUCGCUUUUUUAAAAUCAUGUAUGCAUAGUCAAAUCUCAGAUUUAAUUUUUAAACAUGAAGCAAAAAUAAAAUGUUUAAGCAUCCAAAUUUGACAUGAUAACAUUAUCUGAAAUAUUAACCCAAAACCCAUUAAACAAUACAGGAUGCGUUUCAAACCAAAUUGAAUUGUGCACAUUUCAUCUGAUCUACUUAGAUGUUUUUUUUCUGGCAGAUGAUAGUUAAAAAAAUCUGUUAGACUUGCAUUUUAAGGAUGGAUUUGAGAUAUAGAGGGACCAAAAUGUAAUGGAAACUAGUGGUGCAUGAGCCAGAAAAGAAUCUAAAACAUCCUAACCCUUUGGCAAUCCCACAGUAUUUUGCACAGCCAAAACACUCACUUCCUUCAAAAAAAUCUUUGCAAUUCUGUGUAGUGGUGCGGCGAUGACUCCUUUUAUCUUUUCGACUCACAUUCUUUCAGUCUAGUCAGUUUCUAAACUAACCAGUGCUUUAGUGUUUGGUGUGAUUUGUUCCAUAUGACGUAUGUUCUCAGAGUUGUCAUUACAUCAUUAUUUAUAAGAAGGGUACUUGGAAUAAAGUCACUCCUUUGCUGCAUCACUGUGCUGUUCGCUCAGUUGUUCAACUGUUGACUGAACGCUUAAAUUGAUCAGGGUGGCAACAACAGUCUGUUGUAUUCUAACGCUUUAUGAACAAAAUCGAAGUUACGUGCCCACGUCCUUAACGGAUGUAAACACUGCUGAUUUGAUUAUCAACUCCACAAUAAAAUCCACAUCGUUCACAGGUACUUGAAAAUUUGCAGCGCUUCUUGCGGAUUCUAUGUACAGAUUUCUUGAAUGAGUUUGACUGGGAGUUGUCGUGUAAAAGGUUUUAUACAGCCUUUCCUCAGAACAAAAAUUUUGUGAACUCAUUCGAUGUGAUGUAAUAAUCGUGUAAUACACUUCAGAUGUGGACUCUGUGAUUUUAGUCAUGUAUGGUUUUGAUUCAAAUAAAUACAAGUGCCAUA